UCAAACAGUUACAAAGUUUCUCUUAGAUAACUUCUUGCAAAUUAACACUACCAAGUUAGAUUUCAGAGCAAAAGAGAGAGUGGAAAAUGCAGGCCAUCAAGGAGAAAGCAGCCAAUGUUGCCGCCUCAGCCAAGUCCGGAAUGGAGAAAACCAAGGCCACCAUGCAAGAGAAGGUUGAUCGUGCCGCUGCAAAUAAUCCAACUGAGAAAGAGAUGGCGACAGAGAGGAAGGAACAGAAGGUGAAUCAGGCUGAAUUUGACAAGCGUGCGGCUCAGGAGCAUAACGCUGCGGCUAGGAAUGCAACCAAAAACACUGGCCAGCCGCACACCUAUUCCACCACGGGUGCACCAGGACAUCCUACCGGGACUCAUCAGCAGUCGGCCUUGCCCGGCCAUGGCACCGGACAGCCCACCGGACAAGUUACCGAAGGCGUGGUUGAGUCCCACCACAUUGGGACGGCCACUGGGACUGGCAGGACUAAUGCUGCCCAUAACACCCAUGUUGGUGCGGCUACUAACAUUGGUGGUUCUUAUACUUAGACUAGAUUAGAUAAUUGGACCUUUUAAAUCUUGCUUUGAAUAAGGACUUGGAACCCUUUUUAAGUUGGACGGUCCACUUGUUGUAUUCGACUAUUUCUGAUCUUAGGUUACUUAGGAUUUACAAGCUUGCUUUUUCGAUAAUGUCAUUCGUAGGUUCACUUCUAGCAUCUAUGUAAAAGUUGUUUAUUACUAUUAGUGACUUUCGUGGAGUGGAAAUUUUAGUAAUAAGUGAGGAUAUUACAUGUUCGUGGUAA